ACAACACAAAGCACCGUGGAGUGCGUUCACAUUGUCUUCGCCCUGGUGCAACAAUCUUGUCACUCACUGUCCCCUCUUUGGGCUCGAGGUGUUUCUGGCUGCAUUUCUAAUUAAUGUACGAGACUUGAUCACAAUUGCAAGGUGUUUGUUGUGCUUGUGCCCACACCACAAUGUCUGGGAGUCCUGCUGUGGUACUUCGCUUAGUGGCCUCGGCUUACACUGUGGCUGAGAAAGCUGGCGACAUCGUGAGGAAAGUGCUUAACCGUGGAGACCUCGCCAUUGUGGAGAAGGAGGGCGCCCAUGAUCUGCAGACACUUGCGGACAGACUUGUACAGCGGAGCAUCUGUGCCUCACUGUCCAGACGCUUCCCGAAGAUCACCAUCAUCGCCGAGGAGGAACUCCCACCUGAGGAGAUUAAAGAGGACCUAAUUGAAAACGGGGAGGCAGAAGAAAUCCUUCAGAAAGUCUGUCCAUCCGAAUAUAGUGGAUUGAAAGAGGAGGAGCUGGUUGUGUGGGUGGACCCAGUGGAUGGCACAAAGGAGUACACUGAAGGUCUCUUGGAUAAUGUGACAGUGCUGAUCGGAAUUGCUUACGCGGGCCAAGCAAUCGCAGGUGUCAUCAACCAGCCUUUCUACAACUACCAGCUCGGGCCAGAGGCGCGUUUGGGAAGAACCAUGUGGGCAAUGCUUGGGCUAGGUGCCUUUGGAUUUCAGCUGCAAGAAGUUCCUGACAACAAAAUCAUUGUGACCACCACCCGUUCACAUAGCAACAAGCUUAUAACCGACUGCGUCAAUGCGAUGGAACCUCAGGAGGUUUUAAGAGUGGGUGGUGCAGGGAACAAGAUCAUCCAGCUCGUUGAAGGCAAGGCGUCCGCUUACGUCUUUGCAAGUCCGGGAACCAAGAAGUGGGACACUUGUGCUCCCGAAGUUCUUCUGCGCUGCGUUGGAGGUAAACUGACGGACAUGCAUAAUAAUCCAUACCGCUAUGACGCCAACGUGAAGCGCAUGAACUCCGCCGGCGUGCUCGCAACGCUCAGAAACCAUGAGUACUACGUCAGCAGAGUGCCUCAGUCGGUGCUGCUCGCUCUCAAAUCCAACUGAUGCUCGUCCGUCGUGUCAUGUACAUCGCACGCACUCAUGUCAUCAAUCACACGUAGUGCUUUGACGGCACGGUGAGUUUUAUCAAGACAUCAAAGGAAAAUAUGAGGGCCACAUCCAGAAGUAAGUUGUUACUCUCUAAUAUGUAUUUUGUGUUUAAUGCAGAGUAGAGAGUUAACUGUGAGCUUAGUUUGCAUGAGUAAAUAGUUCCUCUCAA